AUGACGAAAUUACUACUGUUACAUAGUGUCUAUUUGUGGGAUAUCGAAUGCAAAGGAAGAUAUAAGAGAAACGAUGACAUAACAGUCACAGCGGGUGGUUGCGUCUACCACAACUUCUACAUGCUCCCUCUAGCUUCACCGCUUCAUCUUCCAACACCACUACCAUCAUCACUAACAAACCAUCCUAUUUCUUUCUCAAAAAUCAGUCGCGAGGUCUUUCAGUAUUAUUCCAUCGAUCUAAUAAAGCCUUUCAUAGUAUUCUCCCGGUUACGGGCAUUCAUAUCGAUGACUGCCCCCUCUCUUUGUCCUAUAUGUUUCAAAACAAGACGCACACAACCGGUGCCCGAAACAUCUGUUAUCGCCGUCGGUCAACACAGGGUCGAUCCUCAAAGACAACAACAACAGUUCUUGGUGCAUACUCGGACACAGCAACGGGACGGCACAUCGCUUCAACUGAAGCCCGAUGGACGAGCAGGCAUCUAUCGGGCGGCGUGUGCUAGCACGCUGAAGGAAAAAAUAAAUAGGAGGUUCAUGACGCCUGUUGGCCAAUUACAGAGGGGUCGGUUGACUACCGGUUAA